AUGCUAUCAAAGCCAAUUAAGAAGAAAUAUUAUGCUGGUGUUUCUAUACUAAAAAAUAAUAUUUUAAGAUUUACUAAUUUACAGAUUCAAACGAUUAUUGAUUAUUUCACUAAAAACCUUACAAUAGAAUUUACCGAUAAUUCUUUUGAUAACUUACUUGAAACUGAGAUUAAUAAGGAAGUUGAAAAAAUUUCAUCAGAAACAAAGGAUGUCAAAUCUUUGCCAAAAACUGAAGUAAGCAUAUCUGCUAAAUCGAUUUUAAAAGAACCAGAAACUGUCAAAAACACUAAAACUGCUAAAUAUAUAAGUGAUAAUAUGUCUGGUUUUGAUACUGUCACUAUUAUUAAUAAAAAAGAUAAAACACUUCCUAAACCGUAUAUUAAUUAUCCUGGUUUUGAUAUGAAACCAAGUAUUUAUAAAAUUCAUAUGGCUAUUUGUUUUGGUUGCUGGAAACUUAUAAAAAUUGAUGAUAUACAACCUAAAAAAUCAUUUCAUUUUACUAGACGAAGAUAUGUUGAUCAUCUUAAAAAGCCUGAAUUAGAAUCUAAUAGAAUCUGGGAAGCAGUUAGAAAGGACAAUACUUCUGAGAACAAGAAGUUUUUAGCUAAAAAUGUACCAACAUAUGCUCAAAAUUUAUCUAAAAGGUUUUAUCAUUAUAGUCCUAAAAGUUGA